GUGUGUAUGUGCAUGCGUGUGCGUGUGUACGUGUAGUAAAUUUUUGUCGAUAAAAUAUGUUAGAAAUUUGUUGAAUAUGAGUGAAGGAGCGAAUUCGGUAUCGCAGAUCUGCGAGAAUUCGCUUACGACCUUGAAGGACGAGGUCGAUCCUGAAGAACUUCCUCCAAGAACAAUAUCACAUACUACUAGAAGAUCACGAUUUGGUACAGGCAAUGUUCCUCUUUCACCUUAUAUUUUGAUUGAUGGAAGAAAAUUGCGAAGUUCUUUGGCUUUAAGCAAAAAAAAGCGCCCGCGACGUGUGAGUUUUCCCACAAAUGACAAUCACUUGAUUACGGGAUAUCUGGAACCGGCCAAUCCAUGGAAACUUGCUGAAAAUGUGAAUCAUGAAGAUUUAAUCUCAGCAUACAAGGAAUCCUGUACAAAACACAAUUCAGAUCCUUUGGAAACUGUUAUAAAUCAACUUAAGGAUUUAGAUACAUCUGAAUUGCGAAAUGAAGAAUUAAAUUUAAAAGGGGAGACAUUGGAUGUUAACCAUGCAGAACCAUUGGAAGAAAUUUUCAAAAGAAUCCACUUUAAUAAAGUUGAUUUAGAAGCUACAUCUUUGAAUGAUGAGAGUUCUGUGAUAUUAUUUGAUAUGUUAGAGUAUUAUGAAUCUGCAAAACACUUGAAUAUUUCAUCUAAUCAAAGCAUUGGGAUUCAUGGUUGGCAAGCAUGUGCAAAUAUGAUAAGAAAGACCCAAUGUUUAGAACAUCUUGAAGCAAAGGAUGUAAUACUUAAUGAACAAUAUAUGAAUAUCUUGAGUCGUGCGUUGCGAUUAGUCUGCCAUCUACAUGUGCUUAAAUUAGAAAAUUGUGGACUUUCAGGAAGAUCAAUCGUCACACUAGUUGCAGCAUUAAAAAUGAAUACUGGCAUAAGAGAGCUUUACUUAGCUGAUAACAUGCUGAACUUAUACGAUGCGAUACAGCUUGGUUCUCUUCUUAGGUUAAAUAAUCAUAUACAAUUACUUGAUAUUAGUAAUAACGUCAUUCAAGAUGAUGGUGUACAUGAUAUCUUAGAGGGUCUGAUUAAUCAAAUAAAUGAAGACAAGGAUGGUAAAGGCUUAAGCAUAUUAAUAUUAUGGAAUAACCAACUCACAAAAAAAUCAUGUCCCCAUUUGGCACGUAUAAUAGCAUUGUCUAAGACAUUAGAAACAUUGAAUAUUGGAAAAAAUAUAUUGACUGAUGAAUUGUUAUUUGUUGUAAAAGAUGCACUGAAAAAAAAUCGUGUUUUAUUACAAUUGGGAAUACAAUCAACUGAACUUACAUGUGAUGGAAUUGUUACGUUAUCUGAGAUUAUUGAAAUAAACCAAGUUUUACAAAGGAUAGAUUUGCGAAAUAAUAGCAUACAAAUAACUGGAAUGAGUGCACUCAGUUCUGCUAUAAAAAAAAAUAAAAGUAUUACUAAAAUAGAUUUGGAUGAUACACCUGACAUGAAAGUAGAUGACCUAACCCAGACCUUGCAUCAGUACACGCAGCUUGUAGCUGAAAUUCGAAGCUGUUGUUUGGAAAACGAGCAAAAUCGUACUUUAGAAGAAAAUAGCGAAGGUUUUGAAAAUUCAUAUCAUAGCAGAUUCUGUAGUACAACCUCCCGUAAAAUUUCGCUUACUUGUCAAACACUGCCAUGUUCUUUAUCAUCCGUGAUUUCAAUACAAAAAGAUGAAUCUGGACGAUCGAUGCUCGAACCAAAACGUAUUAAUGGAGGUCGUCUUCGUUCCCCAGCUCCUAGUCCUGCCUCUUCACCUAUAGCCAGUCCAAUACUAAGUCCCUCUCGAAGUCGGUUUGUGGUCUCCCGAGUUCCAGAAACGUUACGUUCUACAGAUUCCUCAGUAUCUUCGUCAUCAAUUUUUCUUUCAUCCCUUGGAUCAUCACCUACCUGUGUCACUUCUGCAAGUGGGUCAUCUAGAUUUCGUGUUUCAGUUGUUGAAUCAGCAAAUACUGUGUGUUUACCUAAACCUAUUAUUACUACCACUACUGAGACCGAUAUUACGGUUAAUUUAAGUUCAAAAGUUAAUAUUACAGAGUCAACUGAUUCAGAUGAUUCUGAUAAUGUAUUCACAUCUGAAUCAGAAACAAAUAAUGAUCAAACUAUUGACAAUUUACGAAAUACUUCAAACGAUGUAUCUCAUUUAGUUUCAAAUAUGGUAGAGGAAACGUGUACACCAAUGAUACCUGAAUGUCCUAACGUAGAAGAAUUAAAUACAAAUAAAUCUUUUGUUAAGGCAACUAUUAGAACUCAGUCCAAUGAUAAUAUAAGUUCUACUACUUUAGAACGCAAAGAAGAUGGUGAUUUACCAGACAAUCAGAUUAUUUCAACACAAUUGAAAAAUAUUUCAGCAACAAGAAAUAUAGAAAAAGUAGAAAAGUGUUCUAAUGAAGAUACAACAAAUACAAAAAUAUCUACAAACAUAGAUAAAAAUGAUAAAAGUUUUACUUGUUCUGCAAUAAGUGAUAAAUCAGUAAUUAUUAAUAAAGAUCAUGAUACGACAAAUAAAGUAACAAAUACUUUUACGAACGAAAAUAUAGAAUUGCAAUCGCAAACAAAACAUGAUCCUAUACAAAAAAAUACUUCUAAUUUAGGAAAAUUACUUUCACUAUUUCAACAGUCUAGUUGUUUUUUUUCUGAUACUACUUCUAUUAAUCAAUUGAAAAGUAAAAGUACACUUCAAGGUAGCAUAAACAGCAUGAUGACUCUUGGAGAUAAAUUCCAUUAUUACAUAAAAGAUAAGAGAGAUAGGAUUUAUAAUCGUGAAACAGAAGAAUCUUCAGUAUCGCUAAAAAGUAAAUCAAAAUUUUUCAAUGUUUCUCAAUUACCAAGUUUACAAAGUUUAGCAAAUAUGAUUCCAUCAUUUAGGUUUGAGGGUAAUUUAAAUACUCCUGAACAGAGUAAUAAGUCUUGUCCCAAAGAAGUGAAUCUUUUACUUGAGAAAGAUUGCGGAAAUAACAUAGAGAAAGAAUGUACUGAUCAUAGCUGUGAAAGCAAAAAUUUAAACGUAAAUUUAGAAGAACAAAAGAAUAAUGUUCCCAUUUUAGAUAAUCAGUUAUUAUCUGAAAAUAUACAAUCAAAAUUUCCUGUUGGAGUUACUAACAAAGACGUAGUAUUAACUGCAAAUUGCAUCGUUUCAAAUAUAAUCGAUACUUGUUCUAAAAUUGUAAAUGAUAAUUUAUUAAUGCAUGUUUCGAAUAGUAACGCAAUUGUACCUGUACCUAAAUUAAUAGGUAUAUCUGAAUAUUCUGCUUUAAAAGCAGCUACAACCAAUGUACAGAAAGAAAAUAUAGCGGAAAUACUAGACAAAGUAGAUCCUAUACUAAUAAAAGAAACGAAUAAUAAAACUUUAACAGACAGUAUUAAUUUUACUAGUGAUAGCAACUCCUUAUCGUGUAGUGUAACGUAUGAUGUAAGCAAUGAUAUGCAUACUGUACAUAUGCCUGACAGAAUGCACAAUUUAGUAAUAUUAAAUUUAAGUACAAAACAUAAUGUUGAAAAUAAUUCUGCUUUUAAUGUAAAUAGUACACAAAAUAAUAUGGCAUGUUUUGUAUGUAAUGGAAAAUGUGUCUGUAAUGUAAAUAAUAAAUCACUUGAAUGCUAUAAUACGUUGAAGAAUGUAGAAACAAAUUGUUUAAAUAAUGAAGUUACCAGAAUGUAUAGUAUUAACAGUAAUAGUGAUAAAAAAGUUUUUAUAAAUGUUCAUAACAUGCCAAGCAAUAAAGUAGAAAGAAUAAAUGCAUGUCGUGUAAAUAGUAGUACGAAUUGGAAGGAUACAGCUGUAAAUAACAUACCAGAAGCAAAGAUAUCAAACAUAAAUUGCAUCUGUAAAAAUACUAACUUCGAAUUUAAUGAUGGUAGCACAGAUUUAUGUGCUUCAGUACUUCAUACAAAUGUAAGUACACAAAUAAAACAGAAAGUGAUAGAACCAUUUAUUACAAAAGAUAACAAAUAUUUGAAAAUAAGUAAUGUAAAUGAGAUGGAAAUUAAUAACUCCAUUAUGGAAAGAACUAUGGAUAAUGCAUUCAGAAGUAUGAACAUCGUUAUACCUAUACCAAGAACGUACUUUUGUAUGACAAAUUUCAAUAAGUUCUUUCUUAGAAAUCUUUUACAUCAUGUAGCUGACAUCUCUAUUGAUGGGUCUACAUUCAAUGCAUUUUCAUUAGAAAUUACACCUAAAAAUUGGCCAAACAAUAAUAUUAUUAAAAUAAAGACCUUAUUUUAUGAUUUAUCUCAAAUAUCUUAUUCAUUAAUGAAUGCUAUAACUGAGAAACCAGAAAAUAUUCAUAACAAGAAUCAAGUUUCUAAAAUAGAAAGAAAUUUUUCUGUGUAUGAUUAUGCCGAAGAAAGUGCAAGUUUCUACACAAAACAGAGAUUCAAAGAAAAUGACAUUUUUGGAAUUGUUUCUGAAUGUUCUUCAGUACCUGUAAUGGUUGAUCCUAUUGUCUAUCCAAAAAGAGAUGUAUCUUAUUUGAAAGAAAGCAAUGCUGUAUGCGAUAAUUUAUCAGAAAACAUUCAUAUACUCAGUAAUUUUGGAUCAAAUAUUGCUCAACAUUUAAAAUGCCCAAAUUCAGAUGAUAUAAGUGAUACAACUCAUCAAUAUUUUAAUACAAUUGAAUGUACAGUUGCCACAACUAUGUGUUCAACGACUGCAGUGAAUACAAAGGGCAAUACAACAGUUGACAUUAUUUCUGAUCAGAGUACUAAUAUUGCUGAGCCUCCGUCAGUAAUUCGCGCAACAAGCACAAAAUAAAAUAAAUGAUAUGGAAGAAG